AUGCAGGCGGUAAAAAUUCGAGGAAUUUUUCAAUGUGGCGCUGAAAUUCCACAUAAUGCAACAAUUGAAUUAUGGGAUGAAGAUGAACCAUUGAUAAAUUUUGUUCAUGAAUUUUUCAAUCAAAAAAAAGGUAUUAAUCCAGAUGAUAAACUGUUCACAACACAUCCAAAUACUGAUGGAAGUUUUGAAAUUAGUGCUAUGCAUGAAGAAUUAACAAAAUUAAGUUUAUAUAUGGUUGUGUAUCAUCAAUGUGAACAUUUAUUUCAUUUCAAAUAUAAUCAAUUUAAGGAUAGAGAGUUUCAAAGAUGGAGACGAUUCAUAUUUCGUAUACCAGGACAAUACGUAAAUGAUGGUGAAGAAGCUAUAAAAGUCUUCGACCUGGGUACCUGGAAUUUACAAUUUAAAUUUAUGGACGAAGAAUUAGUUAUAAGUUGUGGUGAAACUAAUUUUGAACAUUGUUUAUCCAAGUAUCCAGAAUAUUCACCAUAUUUAGAACUUUUGUGGAAGAAUUUUAAUCUUGGAAUUUGCAAUACCGAUGGUUUCAUAAAGCGAAAUCACUCAUUUGCAAUUCAUGGAAAAUUUAUGUGUGGUGAAUACCCAUUACAUCGGGCAGCAAUUGAACUGUGGGAAGAUAAUCGAUCACUGUUAAAAUCAAUUGUAUAUAUUUUAAGGCAAAAAAGAGGGCCAAAUGAUGUAUAUAUUGCACGAACAAAUACAAAUGAAUAUGGUGAAUUUGCAAUAAAUGGAAGUUAUCGAAGUGAAUAUCAGGUGAAUCCAUAUAUUUAUGUUUAUCAUCGAUGUGAUGCUGAUAAAUUACCUAUCAGUAAGUCUCGACCAACGUUCAAAUUAUGGCGUACAUUUGUAAUAAAAGUACCAGGAAAAUACAUAAGCAAAGGAAAUUAUGCAUUGCAAUUAUUUGAUUUAGGUGUGUACAAUUUACAAUUUCAAUUUGCAGAUGAAAUAUUAUUGGAAAAUUGUAAUAUGCGUAAUGAGUUAUACUAUAGACGAUGUGCUUACAGUAUGCCAUCACCGUUUCUAUCUCGACUUACACAUUCUGUUUUUUUCAUUCAUUAA